GCCCGACGUCGGACAGAAGGUCGCUGAUGGAGUCUUCGUCGGCUACGAUCACAUCCUCGCCGAAGUCGUCGUCGUCUUCUUCGGCGCGGGCGUGUGGUCCCUCGGCGGCUCGAGGCCUGGGGCUUGGUGGACGUCCAAGGGCCGGGGUUCCUGAUGUCGGCGGCCAGGAGUGGCAGGGCCAAGGGCGGCGACCUGCUGGUCUUCGUGUUCCCCAGCGAGCUGACCUUCUGCGCAGACCGCCAAGAGUCCCACAAGCAGGUGCUCACCCUCUACAACCCCUACGAGUUUGAAGUCAGCUUCAAGGUGCUGUCCAAUGCUCCUGGCAGGUACACCGUGGUGGACCCUUCUGGAGUCAUCAGUCCAAAAUGCCUCGUAGAUAUUGCCAUUCGCCAUCGGGAGGUGUGCCCUGCCAACUACGGCCACACGGACCACAUCCGGGUGCACAUGAGCCUGCCAGGGGGAGGGAGCUUGAUGGGUUGCCGGACCGUGAAGGCGACGCUGCUGCCCACCCAGCGGGUGCGGGACGCCAGUCCCAGCGGUGACGAAGAGUUUCCCGAAGGGGCGGCGCGCUUGGAGCGCUCUCGGUCCGGCAACAGGGCAGGGGCGGGCUGCCCCCCGCAGCAGGACCUCGCCGUCCCAAUCAGAGCCGCCCGUUCGCCCGUGACGCCGAGCAGUACGGUGAUUGCGGCAGCCGUGACGUGCAUGCUGGCACUGAUGCUUCCGACGGAUGGGGACCGUACCUCCCAGCUUCCCCGCUACCUCCACGUCAGCUUCAACCAGAAGCUCAUCGCGGCAUACAUCCUCGGACUGGUGACAAUGGUCAUCUUCAGGUAUUGAGCCCUGUGAAAGACAAGACGCUCCUCGCCACGAGAGCGACUUUGGGGUCCUCGGACGUGGAGGGGUGGCAGGCACAUCGAUGCAGUGUUGAGAUUGCCCCUGCCAGACUCGAUUUUAACAUUAUGUCAGACUUUUGCUUUUAAGUGCAAGAGUGUGUGUGUGAAACGCUGGACGUUUGAAGCAUUCUGUUUGUUGCUGUAAAUUAUUUCCGAGUCUUUUAAUAAACGUUUUGUACGGAAA